GUAGAAUUAUAUGGUUCUGUCGUCUCAUGCGUACACGCCGCGCGCUAUAGUAUAGUGGGGGAGCGGGGCAUACCCCCUCCCUCACUCACUUUGCUUGGAACCACGAAGCUGGACGGACGCGCGUGCGGCGAGUUAGGCAGUGAGCCGAUAUCAACCAAAGUGCACAAACAGUACAUUUGGCGACGAGUAUUGUAAGUACUGUGUUUUUGUUCUGAUUGAAAAAUUGCAAAAUUGUUAACGUUUAUUUUUCUAGUAAGGAAAGAUUAGAAAUAAAACCCAUUAUUAGUGUACAAGUUCAUAAUAAUUUAACGUUGGUUAUUUACUGCAACAAAACUUUGGUUUGUCGUCGUGGAUAAUUAACCUUUGCGCGAGGAAGGACAUGAGUUAAAUAUUUAUAAUAUUCGUUGAUGAUAAUGCAUAGCUUGGUCAUUUUUAUUUAUAUAAACGUGGGUAGUAUCAUAUCUAUAGUUUUAAACAUUUUUAUUUUAUCAUGGGACAAGAUCAUGUUAAAACGUAAAAGGAAAUUGUCACGUAACUAUGUAAACAAUACCAUCUAGCAUUUACAUUUUGUAGUAUAUACAAACAUUAUUCGAAUUACAUUUUAACAAAUAUAGUGCUCAAUGGUAGUUGUGUAUAAUGCAGUAUACCAAUAAUAAACAUACAGUUAAUUAUUUACUCUUUGAGUACCGUCAUUAUGGACGCGGAGGAGCAGUGGGUUGCGGUCACCGGUGGCCGCGCGGUGUUUGUUUAAUUAGAAUAUUAUAAAUCUGUAGUUAUUCUAUCUACCCACUAGCCUAUCAGGUUCGAGUUAAAUGUCUGUUGAUUUAUGGCUUAUAUAACAAUUUAGCAGCCUUAUAUUAUUGCAUUAUGUUUCCAUUGUGGGUAUUUAUUAUUUGAAAUAUGUUUUUUCGUAAUUAGUUAAAUACAAAGUAUCUAUUGUCGGUCGCUUAGCCCUUUGAGUGCCGUCAUUGUGGACGCAGUUGGGGAGCAGUGGGUCGCCGGUGUCCUCGCGGUGUUUGACAGUUUAAAAUUUGAAAAUAUGAUUGUUGUAUUUAAUUGUAGAACAAAACGGAUGAUGCCGUCAUGUUUACAUAUUUUGAGCGAUAGGGUGUUGAUAAAUGGGUUGAAUUACUUUAUAAAUUACGGUUACAUGGCGUACAUUGGGAAGUUAGUCAGAACGGAUGAUGCCCGUUCACGACUAGAAGUGUUAUGAUCAGUUAUGAUUGAAGCUUUCAUAAAGGUUAGUCAGAACGAAUGACGCCCGUUCAUGACUAGGUAGAAGUAUUAUGAUGAACUAUGUUGGUCAGAACGUAUGAUGCCGUUCAUGACUAAAAGUAUUAUGAUGGAUAUUGUAGGUCAGAACGGAUGACGCCCGUUCAUGACCAGAAGUAUUACGAUAAUUGAUGACGGAAGCUUUCAUAAACGUGUUUUACGAAGCCAUAGAACGGAUGGUGCCCGUUUUGUGACCUAUUUCGUUAUUUACAGGUAACAAUGGCAAACCUAUCGUUAGAAAAAUUUGAAUGCGAGGGUGAGGUGACAUCGGUGUGCGUAAGAUGGGAACGAUGGAAAAGAAGCUUGUACGUAUACCUAGAAGCUGCAAAUGUUACUACACCAAGUCAGAAGCGAGCAAGUCUUUUACAUUGGGGUGGGUCAGAAUUACAAGAAAUAUUUUAUAACAUUCCUGACGAAGCCGCAACGAAUACCUCAGAGGAAACUGAAACAGAUGUUUUUAAAAUGGCAAUUAAGAAACUGGAUGAGUAUUUUGCACCCAAACAAAGUAAAAGAUUUGAAAGGCACGUGUUUAGAUUAAUAAAGCAGGAAGAAAACGAGAAGUUUGAAAAAUUCGUUGUCCGGUUGCGACAACAAGCUGCUAAAUGCCAAUUCGUGGAUGUAGAUGACCAGCUCCUGGAUCAGAUUACUGACAGAUGCAGUUCAGAAGAAUUAAGGAAGAAAAUCUUAAAAAAUGGAGAUAAAAUGACUCUUGAAGAUGUUAUAGCUGAAGCAAAUGCGUUAGAAGUAAUAAACAGACAAUUAGAAGAUUUUAGUCAAAAACAGAAAAGGAAUCAAGACGUAAAUCACGUGAAAGAUAACAGUAAAAAUAAAAAUCAAAGAGGAAAAAGAGAAUGUUUUCGAUGUGGCGGGUGGAAUCACUUAGCAUACGAUGAGAAAUGUCCAGCAAGAGGAAAGAAGUGCACAAAAUGUGGAAGAAUCGGGCAUUUCAAACUGCAGUGCAAGACAAACCCGCUAAAAAGGAAACUAGAAGAAGACGCAAAACAAACACGCAAUAAAGAUACAAAGAAAUUCAAGAGACAAGAUACGAACAACAUAAACGAACAAAAAAAUAGUAAUUCAGAUGAAGAAAUUGAUUAUGUGUUUAACAUGAACAACGAUGAUAUUGUAAUCUGUAAAAUAGGAGGCGUAGAAGUCGACAUGUUGAUUGAUUCCGGCUGCAAGUACAAUUUGAUUACAAGUAAAUCUUGGGGUGUUAUGAAGAGAAAUAGGAUAAAAGUAAUUGAACAAACACAAAAUCCAAGAAAAAGAUUUUAUGCUUAUGGAUCCGACUCUCCUCUAAAGUUGUUAGGAGCUUUUAAAUCUUCAAUAGAACUGGCAGGAAAAACUCAGCAUUCAAUUUUCUACGUAGUUGAAAAUGGCACUAGAAAUCUAUUAGGAAAAGUGACAGCCUUGGCAUUAGGAGUAUUAAGGAUUGGUGUAGCAGUAAAUGAGAUACGAAGUAAAGUAUUCCCAAAAUUCAAAAAUGUUGUAAUACACAUUCCAAUAGAUGAUAAAGUAAAACCGAUUGCACAGCCUUAUAGGCGUAUACCAAUUCCUCUAGAAGGCAAAGUUAAUGCUAAAAUAAAUGAACUUCUUGAAAAAGACAUAAUUGAAAAAGUUGAUGGUCAUUCAGAAUGGAUAUCACCUAUAGUUCCCAUAUUGAAAGAGAACGGAGAUAUCCGCCUAUGUAUAGAUAUGCGACGAGCAAAUUCAGCAAUAAAACGCGAAAACCACCCGUUACCGACAAUGGAUCAGCUGCUACCGAAGAUAAGAGAUGCGGUCAUUUUCAGUAAAUUGGAUAUUUGUGAUGCUUUCCACCAAUUGGAACUUCAUCCAGAUUCUAGAUCCAUCACAACUUUCAUCUCAGCCAAAGGUCUUUACCGGUACAAAAGGAUGAUGUUCGGUAUUUCUUGUGCUCCGGAAAUAUUUCAGAAAACUCUUGAGCGUAUUCUCUUAACUUGUAAAGGGGUUAUUAACUUCAUUGACGACAUCUUAGUGUACGGAAAAAACCGAACAGAACAUGAUGCCAGACUUCAAAAAGUCACUGAAGUGUUAGAGGCCAAUAAUGUUAUAUUAAGGCAUGAAAAAUGUAUUCUUAGUACAAACGAAGUAGAAUUCUUAGGCCACAAACUUUCUAAACAGGGUAUAAGACCAUUAGAUAAAUACUUAAGUACAAUUAAAAAAUUUAGAGCUCCUACAACUGUUUCUGAAUUACAAAGCUUUAUGGGCUUGAUAAAUUACGUGGGCAAAUGGAUUCCCAACUUAGCUACAAAAACAGAACCGCUUAAACAAUUGCUUCGUAAUAAAUUUGGCAGAAACACUGAUAUACGUGAGUUGUGGGGAGAAAGUCAGCAAGCUUCUUUUAACUCUUUAAAAGUUGACCUUGCUGACAUAUCUGACUUGGGCUAUUAUAACGUACAAGAUAGAACACUUGUAUUUGCCGAUGCAAGUCCGGUUGCUAUAGGUGCUGUUCUAGUACAGGAAAAUGAUUCUGGACCACGUGUUAUUGCAUUUGGAAACAAAACCCUUACCGAUUGCGAACGCCGCUAUUGUCAGACUGAAAAAGAGGCAUUAGCACUGGUAUGGGCGGUAGAACACUUUCACAUGUUCCUUUACGGAAAAGAAUUCAACUUGGUGACUGAUCACAAGCCUCUGGAAGUGAUAUUCAGUCCAAAGUCAAAACCGUGUGCGAGAAUCGAAAGAUGGAUGCUCCGGUUACAAUCAUACCAGUAUAAGGUUAUUUAUCGCCCGGGAAAAAACAACAUUGCUGAUCCACUUUCUAGACUAUGUAAACUCACCCCGGAAAAUAGUGCCCCAAAUGUCGAUUAUGUACAAAACAUAAUCGAGCAUGUUAGACCCAUAGCGGUGUCAUUAAGCGAUAUUGAGCGUUGUUCUAAUGAAGACCUAGAAAUUCAAAAAGUUAAAGAAGGUGUUCAUGAGCGUAAGUGGGAUGCAGCUGUAAAAUGUUACAAGCUGAUUGAAAAUGAACUUUGCUUUCACGAAGGAAUUCUACUCAGAGGAACUAAAAUCGUUAUACCAAAAGUAUUGCGAAACAGAGUACUAUCAGCGGCGCAUGAGGGACACCCAGGUAUCGUGGCAAUGAAAGCGAGACUUAGAACAAAAGUGUGGUGGCCUAGAUACGACCAAGAUGUGGAAAGGAUGGUCAAAUCAUGUAAAGGAUGCACACUCGUAUCUGUACCUAAUGCACCACACCCUUUGAAAAGAAGAGAAUUGCCAUCACAUCCAUGGGUUGACAUUGCAAUAGACCUUUUAGGGCCAUUACCAUCCAACGAUUAUCUUCUGGUAGUAGUCGAUUAUUACUCUAGAUAUCAAGAAAUAAAGAUUUGUCGAGAUAUAUCCAGUAAGGAAAUGAUAAAACUGCUAAGGGAAGUUUUCAGUAGGCUCGGUUAUCCAGUUUCUUUAAUGGCAGAUAACGGAAAACAGUUUGUUAGCGAACAAUUUAAGUCAUUUUGUAAGGAAAAUGACAUAAAAUUAUAUCACUCUGUUCCGUACUGGCCGCAACAAAAUGGAGAAGUCGAGCGCCAGAACAGAAGUAUACUGAAACGACUACGAAUAUGCCAGGCUGAAAAUAAAAUUCACUGGAGAGAAUCGUUAGUCGAUUAUCUGACUAUGUACAACAAUACCCCCCAUACAGUCACAGGAAAAACACCAGCAGAGUUGUUCUUCCAGAGGAAAAUCAGGGAUAAAAUACCUAUGAUCGAUGACGUGGAGCAUAGAAAUGAUGACAUGGACUUACGAGACAAGGACAGAGAACAGAAGGAAAGAGGAAGAGAGUACACGGACAGAAGAAGGAAAGCACAAGAUAUUGACCUAGAACCAGGAGAGAAAGUAUAUAUCAAAGAUAUGAAUAAAGCAAAUAAACUCAGUACAAAUUAUGAACCAACUCAAUAUACAGUUAAAUCACGAACUGGAGGCGAUGUUGAGGUAGAAAACGAGGAAACAGGACAACGUUUGAGACGAAAUAUAGUACACCUAAAAAAGGUAGAAGAUUGUUAUGAUGCUCUAAUAAAGAUGUUACUAAAUAUAAUAAAAGUUAUUAUUAUAUCUAAAACUCUCAUUAAAAUAAGGAAGAGAUGUAGUGUUUGUAGAAUUAUAUGGUUCUGUCGUCUCAUGCGUACACGCCGCGCGCUAUAGUAUAGUGGGGGAGCGGGGCAUACCCCCUCCCUCACUCACUUUGCUUGGAACCACGAAGCUGGACGGACGCGCGUGCGGCGAGUUAGGCAGUGAGCCGAUAUCAACCAAAGUGCA